AUGAUCUUUAUCAAUACGAGACCUGUGGAUGAGAAUGCACAAUGUGAACGGAGGCCUUCGAAAGCUCCAAGUCACUCUGGACACGGUCAUCCUCACGACGGAGCCGCGCAUGUUUUGAGGCUCUCCUUAUCACUGAUUCUCUUCUACGUCCUCGUCUCAAUCUUCCCAGCAAUCUUUUUCUAUCCAGUAUCACUUUUGAGUAUGCUCGUUCCAGUUCUUGCUCUUUUCUUUGCUUUAUGCUCAAUUCGUGGUGACUAUCAUAGUACUCAAUGGCCCAUUAUCUUCAUUGCUCUCAUCGGAAUGCUUCUCAAAAUCGCUGCUAUUGUUGUAUAUAUUUCUCUGUUUCCUUUGAAAGACUACUCAAGAAAACCAGGCAGGGGACCUCAGAGAACAGAAGCAGAGAUGAAGCACUAUCGCACUGUGUUUUUUAUCAUUCUUUCCACUGUUGAGUUCUUCGUUCUUAUCAUUGGAAUCUGUCUGAAAUGGCAAUUAGUGACACUUCAUCAAAGAGAACAAAUCCAGAAAAGGAGAUCUACUCUUGUCUCAAACCGGCCUCUUAUCGAAGGAGCUGAAACAAGCUCAAGUGGUCCACGCAGAUCUCUUCAAGUUUAA